AUGAGCGAGCUGAUAAAAAUUGCACAUCUUUAUAACAGAGCGAAGACUAACAAUAUCGAUGAAUUGCUUCAACUUGCCAAGGACCGAGCGAGGCGAUUAGACGACGAACAGUUUAUUGAAAAAGCAAUCAGAUCUCUCGUCCGGAAGCUGAAAAAGAAUGGCCAAAGAAACAGUGUCAAAGACCUGAUAAAAGCAAUACAGGAAGGAAAUAAGAAUUCACCAUGUGUUGUGAUUCCAAGAAGUCUUGACGGGCGCAUGCAAGUGGCCCAGCGAAAAAUCAUUCCUCAUCUACUCUUUUGUCAAAUUUGGCGAUGGCAGGACUUGAAAAAUCAUCAUGAAUUGCGGUCGUCUUCAAAUUGCUGCCACCCAAGCCACCAGCGACCGCGUGAUGACACCUGCAUCAACCCCUUCCAUUAUGAAAGAAUGGCAGCGACACAUGUGCCGCCUGUACUUGUUCCGCGAAUUUGUCCAAACCUGUUUCAAAACGGGACCAUGGGCGGUGGAAUGCCGACAAGCAUGGACUACCAAGGAUGGAACGACAGGGACGAAUCGAGCGAGGAUUACGUCGUUGCGCCAAAUCACGAUCUUCAAAAUCUCGUUCCUCCAUCGCCCGAGAAUCUCCUGCCUGACGACUUGCUAUCAGAGGACUCUGAUUAUCCGCAGUCUCCGAUGGGGUCUGCCAUUUCGCAGCAGCGUUUUUCGCAUUCGCCAAUCUCCUCUCCUGGCUCGCAAAUUAGCGAAUGCAGCAGAACAUCAGUUAUCCAUUUCGCUGGGCCAUCAAGCGAAGGUGAUGAAGGAUCGCGUUCUCCUUCGACUGGCACCGCUGAAAGCAGUGAGGACAACGAGGACAGCGGUGAGAUGGCAGCUCCGCAACCACAACCUACAGGCGCUGCAGAAGCCACAGAAGUUCAAUACGAAGAGAUGGAGACCUGGUGCACCAUUCACUAUUACGAGCUCAACUCAAAACAGGGCCAACCAUUUGAAGGAAAGAGCACGACCGUGAGAGUGGACGGCUCCGCUCAGCAAACUGUUCCUGGCAACAGACUUUGUCUUGGCUCCAUCGAAAGCGACAUUCGAACUAACGAGUCCAGAAUGGCCCGGAAACAAAUCCACGAAGGCGUGGAGCUUCGCUACGAAGGUGGAAGAAUCCAACUUCGAAACACCUCUCCCACUUCUAUAUUCGUUCAAUCAACGAACAUGAACCAGACGCAUCAGCUGCGUUCACAAACAGUCAUCAAGAUUCCCUCAGGACACCAGGCUAUCAUCUUCAACAACACUGAUUUCGCAAAAUAUCUCCGCCAGUCUGUCGACCUCGGCUUUGAAGCUGUCUACAAGCUCAAAAACUUCUGCGUCAUUCGAUUGAGCUUUGUGAAGGGCUGGGGAGCCGACUAUCGCCGCGCGCAUAUCACGUCAGCACCUUGUUGGAUUGAAAUUCAUCUCAACUCACCGCUGCAGUGGCUAGACAGGGUACUCCGCGAAAUGCACAAAAGUUGGGAGAGCACAAUGGGCUCGAUCAGCUAA